UGUGUUCUUCUAUCAAUCAAUCGGAACUGCCACUGUUAACUUCUUUCUAUCGCUGAACAACAGAGCUGGUGAUCCAAAAAGCUUGAGAAAUUGGUGGAACUGAAUUCAGGGGUACACCAUUCCAUAUCCAACAAGAUGCCCAACAAUAGGAUUGAUGCUGCACAAUUUUUUCUGUCGCAAAAACUAAAGAGUGCCUUAUUGUGGUGUAUUUAUGCCUUUCAUUAUUAUCUAAUUAUAACACUCCAGCAAUUGGUAGCCUCACAAACGAUCCGCCGAUAUAGUAUUACACCAAGGGACCUAGAGUGCAUGCUAUGUGAUGAAACUGCAGAUCCAAUGGCCCUUCCGCUGUCGCUUUUGGAAGAAAUCACAGAUGGUUUCUCCGAUAAGCGGAAAAUUGGCGAAGGUGCAUUCGCGGUGGUUUAUAAGGGAAAGCUUGAGAAUAGGACUGUGGCAGUGAAGAGGAUGUCCAACACAUAUAUGUAUGAGAAGGAGUUCCGCCGAGAAGUUGAAUGUCUCAUGAUGGCGAAGCACAAAAAUGUAGUGCGGUUUCUGGGAUACUGUGCUGACACACAAGGUACCAUGGCAAGGCACGAAGCAAAAUUUGUCAUGGCGGAUGUACAACAAAGGUUGCUCUGCUUCGAGUAUCUUCCUAAAGGGAGUCUUCAUGACUAUAUCACGGAUACAUCUCGUGAACCUCGGUGGAGAAACUGCUAUCAAAUUAUCAUGGGAAUUUGUCAAGGGUUACAUUAUCUUCAUCAGAAAAAUAUUGUCCACUUUGAUCUAAAGCCUGCUAAUAUAUUAUUGGAUGAUAAUUUGGUGGCAAAAAUUGCUGAUUUCGGUCUAUCAAGGUGCUUUAUUGGUGAAACUGAAAGUCGGGUUAUCAGUAAGAUAGGUGGAACGCUUGGAUAUUUGGCACCAGAAUCAUUUAAUCUCCAUACCCAAGUCACAUACCAGCAUUCGUAUCGUCUUGAUAUCUACAGUCUUGGUGUAAUAAUCAUGGAGAUACUCACCAAAGAGGAGUAUCACGCUGUUGACAAUGUUGUUGAAAGUUGGAGCAACAUGUUGGAGAACUCACUGAGGGAUGGAGAGCUGGAACAGGUUCGAGUAUGUGCUAAGAUUGGAAUAGAGUGCACCAACUUAAAUCCCGCGAAGAGACCGGAUACACAACAUAUAAUUAAUAGACUGGAUGAGGCUGAACAUGCUCUGAAUGAACUGCAUCAAGGUAUGCCUAACUCACCAGGAGACACAAGCUUAAAGGAAAAUGACACUGCAUUUAGAGUGACAGGGACAAGUCCAUGUAACAGUAUUUGGGAAAAUACCACAAACCUUGACAAGUUGUAUGAAACCAUUCAUUGUCUUAAUCCGGACAUCAGGCGAUGUUUUGAAUUCUGCAGUAUUUUCCCUAGAGGAUCCAAGUUGAGAAGAGACGAGUUAGUUUGCCUGUGGAUAGCCGAAGAGUUUGUAAAGACCAGCUGUGCAACAGAGGACAUGGAAGACAUAGCGCAGGGGUACAUUCAAGAGUUAGUGUCGAGGUCAUUUCUGCAACCAAGCGGAACUAGUUAUGAUACUGAUUGUUUUACAAUUCAUGAUGUAAUGCAUGAUAUAUUAGACCAGGUUGCUGGAAAUUGCUUCAGAAUUGAGAAUCCAGUGAGCCAUAGAGGACAAGGUUGGGAAGGAGAUGUCCCUCGACAUACCCAACAUCUUUUUAUUCAGAAUUAUGAUGGAAAAUUGAUUACUGAGUCAAUCAUUGGGUUGGAAUAUUUACGCACUCUGAUUGUAUAUGUUGUUGGAAAGGACAAACCAAUUGAGGAAGAAGUCAUUGAGAGUAUAUGCAAGAGGCUGCCAAAAUUACGGGUAUUGGCCAUUGCUUUCAGCCAGAAACAUGAUCCAAUCAAGCACCGCACGAAGUUCUCAUUUCCAGAGUCCGUUGGUCAGCUGAAAUACCUACGCUAUCUUGCUUUCAGGACAAACAAGUCUGGCAAGAUAACUUUACCAAGCACACUAAAUAAACUUAAGCAUAUCCAGCACCUAGAUUUCGGUGAUGGACAUAUUUUGGAAGUAAACUUUGUCGAACUUGUGGACUUGCGACACAUAUUAUGCAGUGGAUUGUUGAAGCUUCCUUACGUAGGCAACCUGAUCCCACUCCAAACGUUACCAGGCUUCCGAGUGAGUAACGAACCAGGUUGUGAGUUGAAACAACUGAGAGACCUAAACAAGCUUCGAGGCAAACUACUGAUCAGAGGCCUUGAAAAUGUUAAAAGCAAGGAGGAAGCUCUUCAAGCCAAUCUAGCUGCCAAGCGACUCGCUCAACUGGUACUGCAAUGGGGUAAUCCUUAUUCCACAAGGUGCAGUCCAGAAGUUGAAGCAGGUGUACUUGAGGGGAUGUGCCCUCCCGUCGGGCUUCGAAUGCUGGAUCUCCAAAACUUCGAAGGCAGGAGGUACCCAGAUUGGAUGGUGGGUAAUCACAGCGGUGGCCCAAAGUACCUGCAAGAACUUCGCAUUGUGCAAUGCAGCCAACUGAUACCUGCUUCUGGACUUGCCGAGGCUUUCCCUCAUCUUCGUGUUCUCAAUCUUGUGAAAUGCAGCUGGGACGCCCUACCAGACAAUAUGGAUCACCUCACAUCGCUCGAGAAACUGGUGAUCUUUAGUUGCAUGAACAUCCAGUCUCUUCCAACACUGCCCCAGUCUCUGGAGGAGUUUACAGCUAGUUGGUGCAAUCACGAGUUCCUGGAAUCUUGUCAAACUGUGGGACACCCGAACUGGCAAAAGAUUGAGUACAUCCCCAAGAAAACGAUUCGCUUCACAAACCUCCUCGAGGGAUUGCUUGGCUGCGAUGUAAUGUGAAGGGCGUUCCGGGCCAUUGGUUUACGGAUGCUGAGCCAAAACCCCCAAACUGCUG